UGGGUGGCGCUGUAAUCCUAGUUUCUUCGUGUACACUACUGGAUAAACACACUACGGUGCUCACGGAUGUGAGUAACCGGCUGUAAGUUGUCAUGACGUGGUGUCUCUGCCUCCGCAGUCGCCUGCUAGUGAUUCUGACACGUCCGCUGCUGAACAGACAGCAAAUUAGCUUCUUCUGAGCUGAACACCAUUCAUCCGGUCUGGUUAAGGCUCUUCUGUCGGCUAUGAUGAGGUGGUGACCCUGGGUUGGCCAGGCCGGGAGAUGAUUGCAGCUGGGCACAGGGAGAAGACUGAGCAGAGAUUGAGAGAGAAGCAUGGGCAGGAGUGCCUGGUCCUGCUGGCAACGCAUUUUCUCUACUGCAGUGCUCUAUGGCUCUUUGGCCCUGUUUACCUCCAUCCUCCACAAUGUGUUCCUGCUGUACUAUGUGGAGACGUUUGUGUCCAUCUACAAGAUUGACAAAAUCUCCUUCUGGGUGGGAGAAACAGUGUUUCUUAUAUGGAACAGCCUGAAUGACCCUCUCUUUGGUUGGCUGAGUGACCACUCCUUCCUCAGCUCUUCUCAGCCAGGCUCUCAGAUAACAUCUCCAGAGGUGGUGCUGAAGCGCCUGAAGGCCCUCUCCACAAGUGGCCCUCUCUUUGCUCUGUCAUUCCUCGCCUUCUGGGUGGCAUGGGCCAGACCAGGCCUGCAGUUCCUGCUAUGCCUGUGUCUGUAUGAUGGCUUCCUGACUAUGGUGGACCUCCACCACAGCGCCCUGCUGGCAGACCUCGCUGUGUCGGCCGCCGAUCGCACACGUCUCAACUUUCACUGCUCGGUGUUCAGCGCCUUGGGCUCAUUAUCGGUUUUUCUGUCCUACUGUUUCUGGGAUAAAGAGGAUUUCUACUCCUUCCGUCUCUUCUGCGUGACUAUGGCAGCUAUUUCCAGCUUGGGCUUCUUCUUGGUGUCCAGGUUGCUACAGCGCCGUUUUCAAAAGGAAGUUCAUCCAAGACAGGAUGAGGCACUGACACUCAAAGAGCUGAGUGUCGGCCAUGCUCCACUUACCCACCCAGAAAAGCCUGUCACUAUUCGACAGUACCUGAAGCAGCUCUCCAAACACAAGAACUUCAUGUGGUUUGUGUCAAUGAACCUUAUCCAGGUAUUUCACUGCCAUUUCAACAACAACUUCUUCCCUCUAUUCCUGGAACAUCUCCUGUCUGACAAUAUCUCUGCCUCUACAGGUUCAGUCUUACUUGGGAUCUCUUACAUUGCCCCCCACCUGAACAACUUGUAUUUCCUGACACUGUGCCAGCGUUAUGGAGUUUACCAGGUUAUCCGCUGGCUAUUUAUGCUCAAACUGGGACUUAGUGUGGCUAUGCUGCUGGCAGGGGCUGACCACAUUUAUCUGCUGUGCAUCUUCAUUGCUAGUAACCGGGUGUUUACAGAAGGGACGUGCAAGCUGCUGAAACUGGUUAUUUCGGAUCUGGUGGACGAGGACUUUGUGGUCAACCGACGUCAGCAGGCCACCUCUGCUCUCCUCUUCGGGAUGGUUGCCUUGUUGACCAAACCUGGCCAGACUUUGGCGCCACUCAUUGGCACCUGGCUGUUGUGCGUCUACACAGGUUAUGAUAUUUUUGAGAGGGAACCUGUGAAGGACUCUGUGGUUUCUGUGCCUCACGUUGCCGCUGGCUCAGGGACUCAGCCUCUACGCCUUGGCUGCUUCCACAUGUUGGUGUUUGUGCCUAUCACCUGCGCCCUGCUCCAGCUGGCCACAUGGUCUCGCUUCACGCUCCACGGCCGCAAGCUGCAAGGGAUCAAGACCCUAAGGCAAGGGGCCCAGCAUGGCCACCUUAUUGAUGUCAAGGCCAUAUGAACUGAACAAAGCUGGGUGAAUCUGCAGGCAGAAACUUUUAAAUAAUCAGUUUUACAGUCUCUUUUUAUUAAUAGUUUGGAAGGUGAUGAAGCAGUGGGCUGUUCUGAUUUGGUCAAUAACUCAACCUGAUGUGCAAGAGUAUAACCACUCCACAACAUGAGAUUUUGUGGACAGUGAACAGUGCACGAUGGACUGAUUGAUCCCACUGGGAAGAACAUGAAUGGUUAAAAAAAUUUUACAUAAAAGAAAAAAAAAGAAACUUGCCUUAUUUUUUAAUAUUAAAUUAUUGACCUAUAUUUGUAUCUGAACAGAUGACCAAAUAACAUUAAUGGACCAAGAGGAUAAGUUCUGAUGGUGCAGGCCAAAGAUGUGGUGCUCUCCUUAAAGCAUUAUGUAAAGCAUAACUGUAGCCUGGAGUGCAGUCUGAAUGCCCUUGUUGCUCAGUGAUUAUCUAACAUCUGGAAGACCAGGGGUUUACUACAGAACUACAGCUGUGAGUUCUAAUCUUAUUCACAAGAAAAUGAAAUAAAUGUGUUCCAUCAGUGUUAUUGAUGGAGCAGGAUGGAGCUUGCACCUCAGAGCUGGUAAUCAUUCACUAUUUCUUUAUAUGCACACAGUUUGGUGUUGAGAAGUAAGUGAUUAUAUGUUCAGUAUUGAUGAUGUUUUUGCACAAAACUGCCAUUUGUCUGCUUUACUUCUAACACUGUAAUUGUAGCACACUGUGUAUAUUGUAAUAUUCCAUUUUAGAAUAUGUACUUUGUGGUAUCCAUAUUAUGUUAACUUUUGUCAUUUUUCAGAAUACACAGAGGAUGUGUGGUAUUACUGCAAAUAAACUUUUUACUUGGGGUAAAAGUGAAACUCUGCUGUGAUAUGCCAUAUUUAUAAGGUCUUUAUUAAACCACAAAGCUGAAAUGUGA